CAAUUUCCUAAUCACCUGCCUGGUGCUGGGUGCACUCUGUGACGACUUAGACAGACACACAGACUCUGUCAUCCCAAGACUUAAGUCAUGCUGCAACUUUAGGAAAUAUAUUCUGUUGAAUAUACAUACUUGUGCAGUUGCUAUUUUUCCCUCAAGUUUGUAAAAAGAGCACAGAAAAAUGUUUCCUAUAUUUUGGAUCCUCCUCCUUCUCCCUCUGGUCUCUGCCCAGACAUACCAUUGGGGUCCAUGCCCCACCCCCAGUGUCCAGCCCAACUUCAGCCUGCAGCAGUACCUGGGCACGUGGUAUGAGAUAGCGAAACUUCCAGCAUCCUUUGAGAGAGGGAAAUGCAUCCAGGCCGAUUACACUCUGAGGGGAGACGGCACCAUCAGAGUCCUCAACUCCCAGUUCUAUAAAGGUAAGGUGCGGACUGUGGAGGGGACAGCAGUGGUCCAGGACCCAAAAAAAACAGCCAAACUGGGGGUCAGCUUCUCCUACUUCACUCCCUAUAGUCCGUACUGGGUGCUGAGUACUGACUAUGUGAGUGGAGCGGUGGUGUACAGCUGUACUGACGUGUUGAGGAUUUUCCAUGUCGACUACGCCUGGAUCCUGGGACGUUCCCGCUUCUUGCCUGCAGAGGAAGUAGAGUACGCCAGGCAGCUGCUGGCUAAAGAAAACAUUGACACCUUCAAGAUGAGUGUUACUGACCAAACGGGCUGCGACUAGAUGGAGGUUUAGAGGUCAGCGGUUAGGGUUGUAGGGUUAAAGGGUUAUUUAUGUGUCCACUUCCCUAGUCCUAACGCCGUAGACACUUCUCCCCUACUCCCAAUGCUCUAUCCACAUGUCAUUUAGCCCUACCUCUAUAGUUACAGACAGAAAUACAACUAUCAAAUACUAGACCUAGUAUCCACCUCUCGUGUCUAAUUAAUCAAUAAGGCACGAGGGGGUGUGGUAUAUUGCACGACGCAUCCGGAGUGCCUGGACAGAGCCCUUAGCCGUGGUAUAUUGGCCAUAUACCACAAACCCCAGAGGUGCCUUAUUGCUAUUAUAAACUGGUUACCAACGUAAUUAGAGCAGUAAAAAUAAUAAUUCCCAUGGUAUACACAAUUAUAAUAGAUUAUAUGCACUGACAGUUGGUCUUAUAAUCUUACCAUCCAACAUAUCACUACCUACCAUCUCAUUUAGACUAUAUGUAUUUUAUAUUUGAAACGUUAUGGUCUGUAGUUGGAGAUCUGUUAGUUUAUAAGGUAGUUUGAUUGAUUAAAUGUCUAUGUAACGAUGGUGACGGUUUCUUCAUGGGAUGAAUAGAAUGCUGACAGUAUGAGUCAAUUCUCUGGCUUCAAAUUGAAGCCAUGGGGUUUCUGUAUA